UUACCUUCUCGUCGAGGUAGAAGUGGUACAUUUAGUAUUGUUAGCUUAAGUAAUAACAGACUGACUACUCUUUUUUAUUAAGUGCUACUUUUACCCCUGUAAAAAUGGGGAAAAGUAUUAAGUUGAGCCUUAGUGUUCUAUUGGUUAUUUCCGUUUUAUGGAAACCAGCUGCAGCAGAUAAAUGCUCGCUAUCAUGUAAAGGAUCCCCGACGGCGCCAUCAUUCCUGAGCGGCCACAGUUACAACUAUGGCGUGGAAGGCACCGUCUCUAUCUACUUGACCGGCGCUGACAAGCAGGAGACGAGUGUGAAGCUGCUCGGGCAGGUGGCGGUCACGGCCGUUGGCAACUGCGUUAACGAGCUCAAAGUUCAGAACCUCGUCAUUUCCGGACCAGAUGGAAAGAAAUACAGCAGCCCGCCCGGGAUCGACAAGCCGAUCCAGUUCACGCUGUCCGACGGUCGCGUGGGCGCCGAGAUCUGCGCCGAGGAGGGUGACACCCGCCGUUCUCUCAACAUCAAGCGCGCCAUCGUGUCUUUGUUGCAGACCGAGAACAAACCUUCCACUCAGGUGGACGUGUUCGGCGCUUGUCCCACGGAGGCGUCUUCGUCGCAAGAAGGCAGCGCCUUGUUGGUGCACCGCUCGCGUGACCUCUCUCGCUGCGCUUACCGCGAACAGGGAAAGCACGACCUACUCACAGGAAUCUACAAUCCCACCGCUGAAAUCAAGAACACCCAAGUGUUGCAGUCCUCUCUGCACGUGGAAUCGAAAGUCAACAAUGGCAUCCCCGAAAAAGUAUCCGCUAGCGAAGAGUACCUGUACAAACCUUUCUCGGUUGGCGAGAACGGCGCGCGCGCUAAAGUCCACACCAAGCUGACUCUCACCGGCAAGGGUGCUGGUGCUCCCUCGGGCAAGUGCACCGAGCCCCGAACCGUCAUAUUCGAGAACCCUCACGGAAUAUCCUCGGCCGGCAACGCUGAAUCUGCUUUGGCAUCUGUCAAGGACACAGCUAAAACUCUUGGCUCUGAGGCCAGUUCUAAAUCGUUCGCUCAGCUCGUUCGGAUUCUGCGUACCGUCAACAAAGAUGAACUUAUCCGAGUAUACAGCCAAGUCAAAGGCAACGGACUAGAGAAGCGCGUGUUCCUGGACGGUCUACUGCGCGCCGGCACUGGCUACAGCGUGGAUGCGUCCAUCCAGAUCCUCAAGAGCCGCGACCUCUCCACCCUCGAGCAGCAGCUGGUCUUUCUCAGUCUUGGCAACGCCAAACACGUCAACAACGAAGCUCUCAAGGCUGCCGCUGGUCUUCUUGACCUUCCCAAUCUGCCCAAAGAAAUUUACCUCGGCGUCGGAGCGCUUGCUGGUGCUUACUGCCGCGACCAUGACUGCCACAAGACCAAGUCAGAAGGUGUCGCUGCUCUUAGCCAGAAGUUGGUAGCUAAGCUACAGAACUGUAAGCCAAAAAGCAAGGUGGAGGAAGACAAUGUUGUUGCAGUACUUAAAGGUAUCCGCAACGUCCACCACCUGGAAGACAGCGUGAUUGAGAAGCUGAUCCGCUGCGCAAACGACAACAGUGUCAAGCCCCGCGUCAGGGUUGCUGCCAUCGAAGCUUUCUCUGCCGAUCCUUGCUCUAAGGUGCACAAAGUUGCUAUGGAUUUGAUGAAGAACCGUCAAUUAGAUUCAGAAAUUCGAAUCAAAGCCUACCUGUCCGUUAUCGAAUGUCCUUGCGCACAUUCAGCUACUGAAAUCAAGAACCUUUUGGAAACCGAACCAGUUCAUCAAGUGGGUCGCUUUAUCACAUCUUCCCUGCGUCAUAUUCGUGCUUCGGCCAAUCCCGACAGGCGCCUGCAGAAAGAGCAUUAUGGACUCAUCCACACGCCCAACAAGUUCAAUAUUGACGACAGAAAAUACUCCUUCUACCGUGAAUUGUCCUACAAUGUAGACGCUCUCGGAAUCGGUGGCAAUGUGGAAGAGACCGUUAUCUACUCUCAAGACUCUUUCUUACCGCGUUCUGCUAGCCUCAACCUCACGGCAGAACUUUUUGGCCAUAGCUUAAAUAUCCUUGAAGUUGGCGGUCGUCAAGGUAAUCUUGACCGAGUCGCUGAACACUUCCUGGGCCCAAAGAGUUUCCUUCGCACGGAGAAGCCACAAGACCUUUACGACAACAUUGUCAAGAAAUUCCAAGAAGCGGAAAAGAAAGUAGAAUCUGGACUCAGUCGAGGUCGUCGAUCCGUCAAAACUGAAGUGGAUAACUUCGACAAACACCUGAAAGCGGAAUCUGUUCCUUACAAUAACGAGUUGGAUUUGGACGUAUACCUGAAGUUAUUCGGCACUGACGCGGUGUUCCUCUCUCUCGGUGAUGACAAGGGAUUCGAUUUCAACACUAUAUUAGACCGUGUGCUUAAGACUCUUAACGGAGGUGUGGACAAACUCAAACAUUUCCAGCAAGAAGUCCGUGCUCAUCUACUCUUCUUGGACGCUGAGUUAGCUUACCCUACGUCAACAGGCUUCCCGCUCAAGUUGGACCUCGUUGGUUCCGCAACUGGCCGAUUGGAUGUCGCUACUAAUAUUGACUUGCGUCAAAUCUACCGUAGCCCCAAGAACGCUAAAGUGGACAUAAAACUCGUCCCCAGCACUGAUGUAGAAAUUUCUGGUCUUUUUAUCGUUGACGCUGAUGCGGUAUCUACUGGUCUGAAAGUCAUCACCAACUUACACUCGUCUACCGGUGGUCACGUGAUUGCCAAAGUUCUGGAAGAUGGUCGUGGCAUCGACUUACAGUUUGGCUUGCCAGUCGACAAACAGGAGAUCUUAACAGCUUCUAACGAUUUAGUUUACGUUACAACAGAGAAGGGUCGCAAAGAAAAGCAAACACCAUUGAAGGUUGACACAGACAGGAAGGAGUAUUCUGGAUGCUUUGAUCAGUUGUCUGGUAUUCUUGGUUUGACAUUGUGUGGCGAGGUCUCUGUGCCAUUCUCAGUGUCUGGUCCUGACGCUCAAGCUUCUCUUUCUAAAUUCAUCGCUCGCUAUCCUUUGACUGGAGCAGCAAAACUUAAGUUGGCACUGGAAAAGAAUGAUCUCAAGGGUUACCACGUCAAGGGUGUUCUUCGAAGUGACAAUCCGUCUAAACAAGGCUUCGAAGUACUGUUUGAGGCUGAAGGAUCGAAGAACCGCCGCACAUCUGUUUCCGGAGAAUUAACUAAUAAUAACGAAGAGAAGUCCGUGAAACUGCAAAUUGAGUCACCCAUCAAGACUCUAUAUGGCGAAGUAGCAUAUAUCAACAAACCUAAUGAAAGAGUAGCUUUCGUCAAAGCUAAACUUGACGCAGAAGAAUAUUAUGCUAAAGCUGGUUUCAUUGUUCAAGGCAACAAUAAACGUAGUGUGUAUAAGCCAAUCGUUGAAUACCAAGUUCCCGGUGAAAAGGGCAAGCACAGUCUCAAAGUUGACGGACAACUAGUGAGAGAAGUUAAUGGCCCUGCAACCAAAUAUACUCUUGAAGGGAUUAAAAUUACUCUCCCAAGUUCAAACGAAGUUGUUGAUGUAAAUGGGCAUUUUAAUGAAGAACCAAAGUGUUUGGAAGUCGAUCUUAAGGCGAAGAAGGGAGAACAUAACAUGCUGGUCAGUGGCUCUUUGAAGGGUUCUGAUGUAAAACUGGAGUUCCAAAACACCCUGAACCCGUAUGUUAACUUCAAAUUUACCGGUCAUUUUGAGAACACAGAAUCGCUAAACCACAACGACUUCGAGCUGCGUUACGGUCAUGAACUGCGCAACCCAUAUAAUCGCAUUAACUUUAACCAACUCCUGAAAUACCACAAGAAGGAUCUGGAUUUCAGUGUUAUCACCAAAAAUAAGUUUGAAUUUCACGCACUGCCGUUGAAAAUUGAAGUAGAUGCUGAAGCUGACCCAAAAAAACUUGACGUCGAACUCCAAGGACAAUAUACUGACAAAAAAGGUGAAUUCAACCUAGAAGCUAGACGUCAUAUUAAGAAACCCGGGGACUACAGCGUUAAAGUCACAGCUGAAGUUGAUAAGAAAGGAAUAGAAUUUUUGGCUAAAAGAGAUAUCGUGUCCGCUGACAAGUCAAACUUGGAAAAUUACAUCGUAUUGAAGGGUGUUGGCAAAUAUGAACUCUCCGGUGUAGUACUGCAUAAAAACAAGCAAAACGACAUCAAUAUUGGUGCUAUCGGUCAUCUGAAGAUUUCAAGCGGUGGAAAGAACGAAGACAUCAAGUUUGACGUUGGUGUUCUUGAAAACACGCAACUCUACUCGUCUCACGCCAAAAUUGGCUAUUCAAAGGGCGAAAUUUUGGAUUAUCUGCUGAAAAUUACUCGCGGUGCGAAUCCCAGUGGUCAGCUGAAACUUGUGUUGAAGGAUACCUUGGCGGCAAAUGGUAACUUCAAGGUUACUGACAAUGACGGAAAAGGUCACGGAAUGAUCAUUGUCGAUUUCAAGACUCAGCGUAAGAUCAAAGGAGACGUGAAAUUCCAAGUGAAGGACCCGACCUACAAUGCUGAAGUUGACGUAUUCCUCAACUUUGAGAAGGAUAACAAUGACAAAGUCCACUUUAGUACAUCCAACAAACGCACAGAGAAACUCGUUGACUCUAAGAAUAAGCUGGAGUAUGGUGGUAAGAAGACAGAAGUAAACAUUCAUCGUGACGGUGGCUUGUCCUCCGGCAAAUCUCACUCUAACUUUGAAAUAGUUCUGCCUACGGAGCGCUGUCUCAGCCUAAAACUUGACCAAGACGUUAGCAUUAAAGACGAAGUUGUUAAUGGGCAUGUCGAGUAUGUGCUCUCAGAUGCGACCAAACGUGGAGGCCCUGCGUCUACUAUCACCUUCAAGUCUAAGGCCACUGACACCGACUAUGAUAAAAACAAAUUGAACAUUGAAGGUCAACUUGAAGUCAAACUUAAGGACGGAAAGAAUUUGCAAAAUAACUUCUACUUGAAAAAUAUCCCGGAUAACACUGGCGGAGCUAAAGUCGACUUUAAGACCGACCUUACUGGUAACUUGGUCCCGAAACCAGCAUCCUUGUCACUAACUGGUGCGAGUGCAGGCUAUUCUAAGGGUGUCAAUGACAAAUACAAGCUGAAGGGCAGCUAUGGUAACGACUGCAGUUUCGAAUUAGAACAGGCCACGCAGAUCAAGUACCCAGAAAAGGGAGCCGAUGCUAAAUAUCAAGAUGACAGCACGCUGAGUAUACGCUUGCCAUUCGAAAAGGCUCACGACAUUAAAUGGGUUUCUAAUAUACUGCUGUUGCAAUCUGGCCAAGACGUUGGCGAAUUCACUAUUAUCGAAACACUGCACUUAAACGGUGAAUUAUACAAAUUGGACUCAAAUGGAAAGACUGGUCCGAAUGCAGGCUUCGGAAAAGUUAAAGUUGUUGUGCCUCAUGAGGAUCCAUUGGUGUUAGAAGCCAGUUACAAGGCGGACACUGACUCUGACAAGAAGAAGGCAUCAGUGGAAGUUAAAUCGCAAUAUGGUAAAGGCAAGACUGCUACCGUUGGUCUUGGCGCAGAGGUCGCUCCUCAAGAGUACAAACUUCUUCUGCAGGCACAUGCUCCCCAAGCUGAAAAGCUCAAGAAGUUGGAGUUGCAAGUUAUCAGCAAGGUCCCGGCUCCCGACACCUACAGCUCUUCAGUAUCAGUCGACGCUGACGGCCGCAUCUACAGUUACGACGUUCUCGCAGUUUCCUCCAAGGUGCACCCUGUCCUUGAUCUCAAAUACAAGUGCCCUGAAUCGCCGCAAACCAGUAGGAUAUACGUUAAAGGUGACUUAGCUGACUCACACCGAAAACUUGACGUCAAAGUUGAGAAUGUCCGAGACGUAUCUCUUGAUUUUAAGAGCGAAGCUCAAAUAUCGAAAGAUAAUGUGGCCUUAAAAGCAGUUGCCAACUCAGAUAAACUCGGAUGGAAGAACUACAAGGUUGAUAUUUCGAGUAAAGACGCCGGCAGCGGUAAACGACUGGAGUUCCACGCCACCAAUGACAACAAGAACAUUUUGAGUGGCAGUACAUCAUUCAUCAGCAAACAAGAGGGCCCGAAAACUAUCAUCGAAGGUUCGGGAUCUGUAAAAGUUAAGGAUGAGCAGAAAUCAGCUAAUUUCAAGUACAUCCGUACAGUACUGACCGAAGGCAAUGAACAGGGAUUCGAGACUUUCCUUAAUUUAGCAAUUGGUGAGCGCAGCUAUGUAGCUGAAUCUCGUGUUACGAACCUGGAGUACAAAAACUCUUAUGUUUAUUGCGAAGAGAAGAAACAGUGUGCCAAUGUCGAAAUACAGUCUAAACUUAAUAUGCCCAAGCCUGGCGUCUUCCAGCACCUUCUGAAUGUCGGCUUUGAUCUACGCAAACUUGGCUUCGCACCCGAGUUCGGUCUCCAGGUCUCUAAUGAAGUUUCUGAGAAGAGGCUACCUCAGUACAGUUUGGACUUACACGUCAACAAAGAAGACAAGAAAUAUUAUCUUCACAUUUACAGCCAACCUGAGCAUGGCAAAUUCCCUGCUGGAAUCACGGUAACCUUGCCAAAACGCGUGCUGGCUCUGGAAUCUGUGGUUUCCUAUCCGGCUGACAAAGCAUUGCCUUUCCCUAUCCGUGGUGAGGUAACUCUGCACCUUGACAAGAACAAGCCUCAACAAAAGACUGCCGCCAGUUUCUUGGUAGACGUUACCGGUGGUCAACAACAACACUCAGGAAUCGCCGAAUUUAAAUUUAGCCAUCCGAAAUUGGGCAAGGACGCAUCGAUCAAAUUCCAUGGAAACCUGCAACGGCCCAACGAAAACAGCCUGAAGGUGGAAACAUCGGCUACUGUUUCUCAUCCCACACUUGGAAACGAUCGCGAAGGCAAGGUCUUCUUUGAAGUGAACCCUGUUCACGUGAAGUUAUUGGUUAGCACACCACUCGUGAAGGUCAUCGAUUUGGAAGGUGAUACCAUAAUGAAAGACAAUCUGCAACAGGGAGACCUUAAAUUCAGCUUACUGGAAGGCAAGCCAGUAGUGGUUCACGCCAUCGCUAAGGACUUCCAAUACUACGAGUUCACAACCGGAUAUAGUGAUGAAUCUGAACGCAAGCUGUCCAUCGUUGGUCGCAUCGAGCCCGAAAAGCGUAUAGAUGUUAGUGCUGACGUUAUCUUGGGCAAAGAAAAGAAGAAUAUUGUUAAUGGAGCGCUGUACCUUCAGGACAACCUUGUCAAGAGCGAAUACGGAAUUUCAAAGGAUAAUUUCAAAUAUUUUGUGAGCGCCCUGCAGAAGGACUUGACAAACUUAGAACAACGCAUCAAGCAACUGGGAGAAAAGGCUAACCAAGAAGUCAAGAGCAUCUUGCAACGUGUUGAACCGACUUUCAAGAAAUUAGAAGAAGCUUACAAAGACGACAUCGAAAAGCUAUAUAAGGAAAUUGAAACCGACCAGACUCUUAAAGAGAUUUCAGAAGGACUUGAAGCCGUUGCUAAAUUCCUAGCGAAAAUAGUGGACGAUAUCUACCAUGUGACCAAACCGAUCGUCGACAAAAUUUGCCAGACUGUAUCCGAAACUAGCAAAAAGGUCCUCGAAAUGUACGAGAAACAGAUCGAACCUCAGCUGAAACAAGUGUACGAGAGUAUUGCAGCGCUGGUAAAGGAAUACUUUGAAGGUCUAAUUGAUGUAGUUGCACAUUUCGCUGCUCUCAUUACCGACUUCUUUGAGAAGCAUAAGCCUGAACUGGAGGAAUUGACAAAUACCAUUGCCGAGAUCUUUAAGGAUCUAACCCGUUUACUUGUAGCUCAUCUAAAGGAGAUCCGUGGUAAAGUUGCUCAGAUCCUAUCAGACAUCACGCAACAGAUUAAGGAGCUGCCCAUCAUCGGCCUUAUUAAAGAGAAAUGGCAAGAACUGGCAGUUCCUGAACAAGCGCUGGGUCUUAUUCAAGAGGGGUACAACACUGUCCGUACGCUCCUACCUACUGAAGAAUCUAGGAACUUCGUUGACGCUCUUUUCAACUAUGUGCAGAAGAAACUUCGACAGGAGAAGGUGGACGAUGCCAAGGAGUUGCGCGUCGUGUACGAGAAGUUCGCCGUUGCUCUUACCUCGGUUGUCCAAUAUAUCAGAGCACAACUAAACCAGUUCGGCGUUCCCACAGCAAUAAACAUUAACGCUAUUCCAUGGUUGACUGCUCCUGGCCAGACCACGGCUCCAGGACUUGGCGGCUUAGCGUCGUUCAGCGUGCUCAAUCAAAUCCUGAAAGGAGAUAUACCUGACCCCAUCAGCUUCAUAAGAGCAUACCGUCCGAGAAGCCUAAACCCACUAGAAGAGAUCCCUGCCAAAAUGAGAGCGGUGAUAGUGAACGGCCAGCACAUCUUCACGUUCGACGGGCGCCACCUCACUUUCCCGGGCAACUGCCGCUACGUGCUCGCCCACGACCAUGUCGACAGGAACUUCACCCUGGCGCUGCAGCUCCAGAACGGCGCACCCAAGGCCCUCAUCCUUGAAGACAAGAGCGGUACCACUGUAGAACUCAAAGACAAUGGGCAGGUGGCACUCAAUGGUGUUUCCGGCACAUUCCCAGUGAUCGAGAAAGACGCGUUCGCAUUUAAGGAAGCUAACGGACGCAUCGGACUCGGCACUGAAUACGGACUCAUGGCAUUCUGUUCUGGUAAACUCGAGGUGUGCUACAUCGAAAUCAACGGGUUCUACCUCGGUAAACUGCGAGGUCUUCUCGGAGACGGCAACAACGAACCCUACGACGAUUUCAGAAUGGUCAAUGGAAAGAUAACGAACUCGGAGAGCGAAUUCGGCAACUCGUACCGGCUGGCGAGCAGCUGCCCGCAGGUGAAGACACCGGAACACUCGCACCACCAGCACCACGCGGCGCUGCCGCCCGCCUGCGAACAGGUGUUCGGCGCCACCUCCACACUGCGCCCGCUCGCGCUACUGCUUGACGUCUCUCCCUUCAGACAAGCAUGCAUCCACGCGGUGAGCGGCUCCCCCAGCAACGCUCUGCAGCAAGCGUGCGACUUGGCGCGCGGCUACACGGCGCUGGCCGUCACUGGCCUCCUGCCCGCAGUGCUGCCGCCCGUCUGCUUGCAGUGCACUGACGCCGACGCACCCAAGAAGAUCGGCGACACCUACGAGAUUAAACUACCCAACAAACAGGCCGACAUCGUUGUAGCCGUUGAGACCACUCUGCCCAACGAGAAGAACUACAAGAGCCUGGUAGUGCCGCUAGUGUCGCAGGUGGUGGACAUCCUCAAGAGCAAGCGCAUCAGCGACAUCAAGGUGUACCUGCUGGGCAUCACCAACAAGAUGCCCUACCCCAUCAUCUACGACACCGACCUAAAACUGAAAAGUCCCAAGGUCAAGUUCUUCGAGGCCAGCCGUUACACCUCGACACCAACCGUUCAGACUGGAAUUGCCUCCGUGGACAAGGCUCAGGCUAUAAUGGCCGAAGUUGUUGACGCUAUCAGAACCCAGCUGGGUUUGACCAACGUAGUAGCCGGCUACAGUAGAAUCAUGGACUUGCCGUUGCGACCGGGAGCUGUCAAGCAUACCAUCAGCGUUAUCGGCGAAAAGUGCAAAGGAGCUUUCUUCUUGACUGACGUGUUGCGUGCUUUGGCAUACAAGGUUGCCUUUGACGAAAUGGCGUAUACUCAUACUCUGGUUACCGUUAACCCCGUCACGUCAAUCGAAGGUGGCAAGACCGUAAAUCAAGUAGUUGGUUACACCAAGGACACGGUUAUAUUGCUUGGCGACAAGAAACCUAGCAAGGACUCUGAAGCGCUGCGAGCUACUCUCAUAAGAGACCCCGACGACGCGUGCAUCAGCUUCGUUGAAAAUUCGGACGGCAUUAUUCUGCAGGCCAGCAACUACCUGGCUAGCAACCCCGGCCAACAGAAGCAGUUCCUGCAGACGGCCGCCACCGCCAUCACCAACCAGAUGCUAUACGAGGAGCUGGUUCAAGAGUGCACCUGCAACUACGUCGACCCCUUCCGAGCGCGCUCCUUGUGCGUCAACAAGGACAGGAAGGAAGCGGCUCGCCGACGGAAGUAAGCUAAGUCAGCUGUGCCAACUGUAUCUGUGAUUCGAUAUCGUGCCAAUUUGCAACAAACUAGACCAAAAAUAAUAUUAGUCUUUACGUGAACUAGUAAUUUAACAGCAAGUGAGAUGCAUAAACUAUCUACUAGAUAGAGGUGUUUAAUCGACAUUGUAGUGUUAUAACUUAAGUUACUUAUUAAACAUUAACACAAAUUGUAAACAGACAGUCACUUUUCCUAAUAUUUGCAGUUUUCGGCGAAAUUAACUUUAAGUAAAUGCAUCUCUCUCGCGAAAACAAUGCAAAUCGUAAAAUAUCAUACUAUUUCAGUAUGUGUAGCUAUCUGUAAUUAAGAUUUCAUACUAUUUAAAAUGCCACUUCCCUUUAAGGUAUUAACGACGAUGUAAAUUGUAUUAGAAUAAAAAAUGUUAAUUAUAA